AUGAAGGCCAGCAAUCAGCGUGUAAUCCGACAAGUAGACAAGCAAGAGCAUCACCAACAUGCAAAUACUGACCACCAUUCAUUCGAGCCUGGCCGUUGGUGGUUUGCCUCGACUGCUUGCCCGCUACUCGUUUGUACCUUUGGUCCCAUUGCCAGCGGCUUCAAUAUCUGCGCGUUAGUCGCUCCCUGGCGCACAAUCAUCGUCAGCAAUGGUCCGUCAUCACAGCGCGUCCAUGUGAACGAUCCUGGCUGGCUAAUUGCCAUCAACGCCGUAUCUUUAUGCGCCGCCAUGUUUGGGAAUGCUGCGCUUCUCCUGAACAUCGCCAAGCGACUGUCUUUCGCUGUUGCACAGGCUAUGACCAUUUCUGGCUUCAUGCUCGGCAGCAUUCUUCUCAUUUCCGAUGUGGCAGUGCUAUCAUCAUCUCCGACCUAUUUCAUCGUUGAAAACUAUUCAACACCGAGAAUGGAUCGUGCUGUGACAAGUGCGUACUACUAUGCGAUUAUCGCAGCCGCCACCUACAUGGUCCUUGCAUUAUUCCUCUGCUUGACGGUAUAUGGAGCCAAUGUUGGGCACUAUCCCAAAGACAUUCGUCUCACGAAUGCUCAACGCACACUGAUGCUGCAGACCAUCGCUUUCAUGGCGUAUCUGCUCAUAGGAUCACUUAUUUUCAGCAAGAUCGAAGGGUGGCCAUACCUAGAUGCCGUGUACUGGGCAGACGUGACAAUGCUCACAAUAGGUUUUGGCGAUAUUGUGCCCACGACAACGCUUGGUCGAGGUCUCUUCAUGCCAUUCGCGAUCGGCGGAGUUCUCGCUAUUGGUCUUGUCGUUGGCAGCAUUCGCACACUCGUCCUUCAACGUGGACGCGAGAAGAUGGCUGCAAGGAUAACAGAGAAACGCCGCACGGCUGCUGUCAGUGACGUUCAGCAACGUCGACACACCAUACAUAUCUCACGUUUCGUCAAGGCCGAUUUCAGCCCCGAUCCACGGCUUUCGCCGGCUCAGCAGCGCGAGGAGGAGUUCAACCUCAUGCGUCGAGUGUUGGCCACUGCUGAGCGUGAAAGGCGAUGGUUCUCACUUCUUACCUCUCUGGGCGGCGCUGCUGUGUUCGCGGUCUGUGAGCGACGACGAGCUCGGCCGUGGAGCUAUUUCGACUCUAUCUAUUUUUCCUUCGUCAGCCUCUUGACAAUCGGCUAUGGAGAUUUCUAUCUCGCCUCGGACGCAGGAAGAGCAGUCUUUGUAUUUUGGAGCCUUCUCGCUGUGCCGAGCCUGACGAUCCUCAUCUCGGACGUCGGGGACACAAUCGUCAGAGCUUUGGAGGACGUCACUCAAUGGGUGAGCUUGUCCUUGGAAGAUGCACGGCAUGGAAACGGCCGACAUGGCAGUCAUCAUUCCGACGUUAAUGUUUCGAUCGCAAUACUCGUUCACCUCCCUCGUCACAUCGUUCGGAAAUUCCACCAUCGAUCCUCAAACAUGGGCAUACGAUACCACAUCGAAAACGAGAAGGCCUGGAGCAACAUCCGCAACAUCUCGCUCUACCGCUGUAUCCUCGCACGAGAAUGUCUCGCUCUGCAUAGGACCUUCGCUACCGAUCCCAUGAAGAAAUAUUCUUGGAUCGAUUGGGAAUACUAUCUAUCACUCAUGGGAAAUUACGACGAGCACGACGAGAACGCCCUUCAUCAGAUCAGCGGUCCUACGCCUGCGACAUAUCACAACUUGCACCUUCGCAUCGGGGAAGUCUUCGAAGCACAAGAUCAUCAUUAUCCUACGUGGUCAUGGCUCUCAACGACAAGCCCGCUCGCAAGUGGCGGUUCAGAGAGUGCUUGGAUUCUGGCCAGAAUCAGUAGAGCGCUUGAAAGAUCGUUGAUAUAUGAAUGGACUAAGACGGAUACUGAGACUGUGUCUCAUGUGGACCAGAAUUGA